AUGGAUCGUGAAAGCAUCAUUCCAAGUUCGAAAGAGACUCUAUCCUUCUUUCGUGGCCCCUCGGAGCCAGCGCUCCAGUCAUCAACUAUCGGAUAUAUACUCCAGCGCCAGGCCAUCCAAUUUCCAAACGACAAUGCACUUAUAGUGCCUAAUUCAGCAUAUCGGGCUACUUAUCAGGAGUUGAAUGAGCGCACUCAACUAUUAAGUAGAGCUCUUAUUGCUUCGGGAAUUCAUGUUGGUGACAGAAUUGGCCUCUUUGCGGGCAAUGUCGCAGAGUAUGUUGAAGUAUUCUUGGCGGCAACGCGCAUCGGAGCCAUCGCAGUCCUCUUGAAUACUUCCUAUACUGUAGAUGAGAUCAAGAGUGCUUUGUCCUCUACGGGUUCUUCUAUGUUGUUCAUAAGCGAAUCCCUCGGCAAGCACAGCCAGUCCUCCAAUAUUGCACACUUGCAGAGCAUCAUUGGAUGUGACGGAGCUGGCGAGCUGCCCGAGUUACGACAAUUAGUCGUUAUUCUGAGCUCCACUUCUGCUAAAUCCCCCUAUAAGACGUACGAGACUUUCCUCCAUGAAGGGCUUGAAGUUCCGAUGGAAAAAGUCAAUUCUAUAGAGGUCGAGGUUACUGCAGACAAAACAUGCAACUUUCAGUUUACCAGUGGAACCACCGGUACCCCAAAAAUAGCAAUGCUCUCCCAUUCUAACGUGAUCAACAAUGGAUUUUUGAUUGGAGAUCGGAUUGGGCUUGUCCAGAAAGAUAUCAUCUGCUGUCCAGUUCCACUUUUUCAUGCAGCUGGGUUAGUCCUGGGUCUGAUAGGAUGCUUGACUCAUGGAUCCACGCUUGUAUUGCCCUGCCCUAUGUUCGAGGCCAAGGCAACGGCCGAUAUCCUUCUAUCCGAAAAUUGUACUGGAGUUCACACUGUCCCGACAAUAUUUGCGGCGAUACUAGAGUCAUAUGAGCAGCGUGAUAUCAAGCCACCACCCUUGAGAACCGGGACCCUUGGAGGGGCACCAGUAUCUCCAACACUUCUGAGAAAGCUUCAGCAGGAAUUUGGGAUCAAAGACUUGGGAAUUGGUUAUGGUAUGACCGAAACCUCACCUCUCAGCUAUGUAGGCACGGGCCCUCAGGUAGAUCCCACCGGAACGUGGCUGCAAAUACUACCCCAUACCAUCGCCAAAAUUCAAGGGCAUGAUAGGCAGACUGUCCCAAUUGGCACGCCGGGUGAAUUAUGCAUUGGCGGUUAUCUUCUCCAACAGGGUUAUUACCGAAAUCCCGAAAAGACGAACGAGGCUAUGCAAUUCGACCCCCGUGAUAAUAUUGUUUGGAUGCACACUGGUGAUGAAGCCAUAAUGGACGAGAAUGGGCAAUGCCGCAUCACUGGUCGUAUAAAGGAUAUCAUCAUUCGAGGAGGGGAAAACAUAUAUCCUGCUGAAAUCGAAGAGCGACUCAACUCACACCCAGCAAUCUCAAUGGCUGCCGUUGUGGGAGUCAAGGACGCAAAAUAUGGGCAGGCAGUGGCUGCAUUCCUGCAGCCAUCUAAUGGUGAACAGCAUUUGUCGACGAAGGAAGUCCAAGAAUGGGUGAGGCAGACACUUGGACGACAUAAGGUGCCCACAUGGAUCUUCUACAUGGGAUUUGGGGGUGUACCAGAUGACUUCCCGAAGACUGGAAGUGGGAAGAUAAGAAAGGUUGAUCUAAUGGCUAUCGGCACUCGAAUGUUGCGGAAUUCAAAAUUGUGA